GGACGCUUUAACUUGUUGAUUGGCACACGCACACAUGCUGCGUAGAGCAUGAAAUGCAUACAUCCGGCGCAAACAUCCAGUCCAAGGUGUCUCAGUGCAGUCAGUGCAGGAACGGAUGACACACAAAGCAGAUAGUCACUGUACAGCUGGCUGCACACCAGACACAUGCAUGCACUGAAACACAGGACAGAAAUUCAUUAUCCCCGACUGUCUGUCCUCAUUCAUGUUUCUAGCCUUCUGCUGCACGCUCUUCUACCACCAUCGCGACACAGAUGUACUGAAAAUCCCAACCAGGUGGCUCAUUGUCAUACACAUGAUAUCGCUCCUCAUAUUCAGGAUGUACUCGUAUGCAGAAUGCUCUGCGUACCGCUGCUGGUUGCGCCCAAGCAUACCCGCGCCCAGCAUUUGUUGUUUUCAAGGGACUCGAGUACUGGUACAGGAAGUGGUUGCUCCAUUCAGGGCAGCAGGCCUCCUCAAAAGCUCUCGCGAAGAUGUCACAAUCCUUCAUGUUGAGGGGACAAUUAGGAAAGAGCGCCUUCAGACGCGCCUCCUCAAGUUCGUCAUCAUCGUAUUCGUUGUUUUGGCGCUUUUUCGCUCUGAUCCCCUCAACAUAGCUCCUUAUCGCAGCGGCAGAGUCCUCAUCGACCAGCCCGCACUGCCACAUCUGACAACGAUCUUCUCCGUAUAUUUAGAUGCCAGGAACAUCUUGAGAUCGACUUGAAAGUGUUGGGACAGCACUUGAUAGAGGUAGCUGUCGACUCACCGAGAUGCUCCAGGGACAUUGACGAAGGCGUGUAAUCGUGCUGCAAAUGGAUGACGUAGCUGUUGUCCUUCCUCUCUCUCUCCCAGUAGGAUAGCUGGGUCUGAGGCAAUGCGACACAUAGAUAGAUAUCACAUUACCAGGCUGCUCUAUUUCUCGCUCACCAGCAAGUGCUUGAAGUGGUAGUGAAGUGAGUCGAUCAUGUCUUGUAGCGAAGGAGCCAAGAAGGCCCCUGCCUGCGGUGCCAUCUCAGUCACCCGUCUUCUCUGCAGAUUGUACGCCAGCACCAGACGAUAGCCCGACGUAAUGGGUGCCACGCUGUGGGGAAUGUCGGCAAAGAAGGCCACCCACCGACACCUCUUCGCCGCCAGGGCACGCUGUGUCUGCGCUUUGAAGCCGCUGGAGUUGAAGCCCUCUGUUUGCUCGAGCAGGAAGUCGCCCCUACGGUAGCUGGUGGGCAUAAAGACGAGGAGCGAUGCGAAGUGAUCAUCGGACCGUUGUGUCAAUAGAUGAAUCAAAAGAAGGAGACAAUAUAUGUCCGCGUGUUCCUCGCUCGUCCUCUUUGCCUGUGUGUCUUUGUGUGCUUGAAAGAAGUCGCCCUUACGAUACAGCAGCACCUUGUGCAGGUCGGCCGUCACCUGGCUGCCCGGCGACAUCUCGGUUGCCACCUCGUCGCACACUCGCCAACAUCGCACCCCAGUCGCCCGCAUGACACCCAAUCGUCAGCUCAUCCGCUGAGACCUCCCUCGCCUGCCGCACCGCCAGGUCGACCACCGUGUUGUUCCAAAUGCCCACCGGUGAUUGCCAUGCCUGUGUGUCGUAGAUCUUCUUGAAGCCCCUGGAUAAGAAGGUCGCCCCUUUUGCAGUGUUGCAGUUAGGCUCCAGCGCCCAGUUGGCCGCCUUGGGUGGGGAUGAAGUCGAUGGUGCCUGCGAUGAAUGGUCCCGGGGCGUCGUGCUUCCUCAGGUAAUCAAUCGCCCUUGUCCAGCGCCGUGUCGAGGUCCAACAUAUCCGGUGGAUCCCCACAGAAUGAGCAUGCUUGCAAUCCCCACAGAAUGAGCAUCCCAGGACGCGAUUCAAUGGCAUCCGACGCUGUGGUUAAUGGUGUUAGAGAGCAAGACGAACCACGAGCAGUAGUAUGCAAGAUGUAUUUCUGCGAGCUAGGGUAGAUUAUGUGUGGCCACGCAGCGGUUUCAGGCAGGACCCUAGGUGGCCCGACGGCCCAGUCCCGUGUUUGUACAUCUCAACAUGCAACAUGCACCCCAACAUGCAACACGCACACGCAACACGCAGCACGCAAAGGGCAGAAGAAGCAAACAGGUGGAUAUGCAAUGCGCUGCGAA